AAGCAUGACUUCUAUGAUCACAGCGACCGCAUGGGUCCCUCGAGGCCAUGCGGCGGCCUUUCCCACGAAGUACCAAAUGGACGACGACGAAUACGCUCGCAUUGCGAAACUGGCGAAGCUCGAGCUCGACGAUGCAAAGGUAGAUUUGGAAAAGGCGAGGGAUGCGUUGAACAAAGUGAACAUGGGAGAUACUUCAGAAGGAGCUGAAGACGAUGACAAGGACGAGGAGGACUCGGACAACGACAGCGACGACGAGGCCGCAAAGGACGACGAUCUUGCGGAAUACGACAUGGAGCACUACGACGACGAACCGAACGUUCCCGGCGAGGAGGAUGACGAACCUGCGGGCGGUGUUUUCAGCAACAUCAAAGACCUUGCAUAUCACACAGACAACAACGACGAUCCAUACCUAACGAUCCCUGAAGGAGAGCUAUCAGACGACGAAGAGCGAGAAGAGCUGCAAAUCCUGCCCACCGACAGUGUUCUGCUAUCGGCAAGAAUAGAAGACGAGGUCGCACAUCUGGAAGUAUACGUCUACGAAGAUGGUGCGGACAACUUGUACGUUCACCACGAUGUCAUGCUGCCCGCCGUCCCACUUUGCGUAGAAUGGGUCGGAACAAAAGUCGGACAAAACGCCGCCUCGAGCGAUGGAGGGAACUUCGCCGCCGUGGGGACAAUGGAUCCGGACAUUGAGCUGUGGGAUCUGGAUAUCGUGGACUGUAUGUACCCAAACGCAGUCCUCGGACAAAACUCGCAAGGCGGAGGUAUGGACAUGCCCGAACCAGUGCUCAAGAAAAAGAAGAAAAAGACCAAGAAGUCAAACGACGCCUACCACGUCGACUCCGUCCUCGCUCUCGCCGCCAACCGACAACACCGCAACCUCCUCGCCUCCGCAUCCGCCGAUAAGACGACCAAACUCUGGGAUCUCACAACUUGCACCGCUGCGCACUCUUACUCACAUCACACCGACAAAGUCUGCGCCCUCGCAUGGCAUCCUUCGCAGUCCUCCAUCCUCCUCUCCGGGUCCUACGACCGCACAAUCGUUGCAGCGGACAUGCGCGCUCCUGGAGCAAAAGUCCCCCGAUGGGGCGUUGAGUCAGACGUCGAGCAGUUGCGAUGGGACCCACAUGAUGACAACCGCUUCUACGUCAGCACGGAGAAUGGUGUGCUUCAUUGCUUCGAUGCGCGCACAUUACCCGCGACGCCAGAGGCAAGUAAAGCCGUGUGGAGACUCCAAGCGCACGACCAGACUCUUUCGACAUUCUCGCUCAAUCCUGCUGUACCCGGGUUCAUUGCUACGGGCUCCACUGAUCGGACGGUGAAGUUGUGGAAUGUGACGGCGGACAGUGGGCCGAGUAUGGUCGUUUCACGAGAUUUGGAAGUCGGGAAGGUGUGGGAUACGAGUACGAACAAAGCCGUGCGCGAGGCGUUUGCAACGAGGGUGAGGUUGCCGGAGCCAGUGGAUGGAGUGCUCAAGGAGCGAUUCGUUGGUAUUGCAAAGGACACAGAGGUUGAGGACGAAGAGGACGAGGCGGAGGAAAACGGUGGCGAGGGAGGAUGGGAGUCGAUGGACGAGAACUAG